AUGUCGACCUCGACCCGACAACCUACCCGCCCGCGCCGCAUAGAUGAUGCUCUCUCCCAACUAGUCGACUCCCUGACCCCCGCGCUCCCCAUCACCACUCUUCAAAACGAUGAUUACUCCGACGCUGACGAAGCGCUCGCAGCCGCCGAAGAACGCCGUCACAACGCCUACCUUGAGCGUGCCUGGUGCAUCAUUGACACCCACACUGCCUCAAACACUGCGGAUGGUGGCUCUCCAUCAGGCCGUCGGGGUAGUGCCGCGGGAACAGAAAACGUCAACAAUGCCGCAGAUCUGAUCAAGCGCAAACUGCGGCGCGAAAACACAAGCCCAGAGCUGGCCGUGAAAUUCUCGAAUAUGUACUCUAAGCUCCUGACACAACCUGUUCUAUCACAAAAGUGGGGCAUCCUGUACCUCUUGUAUAAGUUAUCUGACGAAAAUGAGUUUGCGGCUGAACAAGGCGGCGAGCGGAGUCGCAGUCCACUUAUGGAUGAUGGCAAUUUGCAGAAUAUGCUUGGUCGGGGCACUCGGCCCAGACGUGGGACUGGUUCUCGCCCGUUUGACUCGGAGGAUGACGAGGGUCCUGCCGUUAGUUCAUCUGCGUCACAACGUGUGCCGUUGUCGUCUAAACCGGAGCGCCAGAGCUCUUUGCGUCGGGACUGGGAACGGGAUGAGCGCGGCAGUCGUGGGGCGAGCAGUUUUGAGGCGGGUAUGACUGACCGGGAAGGCGAUGAGCGUAUGGAUGCGCCGUCUCGACCUUCUACGGCGACGCCAGCGGCUCAACCUCGGGCUCCAGAUGGGUUUGAACAUGGGCUUUUGCGCGACCUACCUUUCAAUCUACAAGGAUUGUCUUCGACAAACCUGCAGUUCCAGUCCGCUUCCAUUUUGAAGUUGCCGGCUAAUAUACCGGCUCCAAUUGUAUCUUUGCUCAACUCUUUGGCUGAGCCUUGUCUUCUUUAUAAAGGGCUGUCUACCUUUGUGGAAAGCACAGAGGGUGGAUUGGUGAACCAGAGCCUACGGGCUGCUAUUGCCACCGAGUUGCGGUCUUAUCUUAGUUUGGUUGCGACCCUAGAAGCGGAGAUCCGACAGGCGCUUACUGCCAUUGGGAAUGCAACUGAGCCUAAAGGCGUCCGGAAGGGUGGAGUUACUCUGAAGAGAUGUGUUGUCUGGACCAGGGAUGCCACAAUGGCGCUCCGCCUGAUGAGCCUUAUUGUGGAAGAAGCUCGAGAUAAGAAAGGAGGCCAAUUGAUAUCCUUGAUCCAUGGAUUUUCUUCAUCCCAUGGCGACCCGUUUGUGUGCGCCUUUGCAGAGAAGCUUCUGGUGCAUGUCACACAACCGUUUUAUGAUAUGCUUCGGUCAUGGAUUUACGACGGUGAACUCUCUGACCCAUAUGAAGAAUUCUUUGUUGCGGAAGGAAAAGGAAAGCCUGAUGAGGACCCCCGCCGCAUUGCAACUAGUGUCUGGGAAACAAAGUAUGUCUUGGAUGAGAAAAUGCUACCUUCAAUCAUUACCGAAGAAUUUGCGAACAAGGUCUUCCUAAUUGGAAAGUCUUUGAACUUUAUCCGAUAUGCUUGCGGUGAUUCUGCAUGGGUGGAGGCAUAUUCCAAGGAAGCUUCGAAAGAGCUGAAAUAUGGUGAUACAGCCACUCUGGAGAUAUCCAUCGAUGAGGCCUAUAAGACCACUAUGGCGCGCCUCAUCCAUCUCAUGGAUAAUAAAUUCAAGCUCUUCGAUCAUUUGCAGGCUUUGAAGAAGUAUUUGCUUUUAGGACAAGGUGACUUCAUUGCGCUACUGAUGGAGUCUCUAGCCUCGAACUUGGACCGCCCUGCAAAUUCUCAGUACCGCCAUACUCUCACCGCACAACUGGAACACGCCAUCCGCGCCUCGAAUGCGCAGUAUGACUCGCCGGAUGUGCUCCGCCGGUUGGAUGCACGAAUGCUUGAACUUAGCCAUGGCGAGAUCGGUUGGGACUGCUUCACCCUCGAAUACAAGAUUGACGCACCGGUUGACGUCGUAAUCACCCCAUACGGAUCAACGCAAUAUCUGAAAGUUUUCAACUUCCUCUGGCGCGUGAAGCGAGUCGAGUUCGCCCUCAACAGUACCUGGCGCCGUUGCAUGACCGGUGCACGAGGUGUACUUGCUCACGUCGACGAUAAAGUUGGGCCAGAUUGGAAACGCGCACGAUGCGUUACUGCCGAAAUGAUCCACUUCGUCUGCCAACUCCAGUACUAUAUCCUGUUCGAGGUCAUCGAGUCCAGUUGGGACACGCUGCAGGCGGCCAUAUCCAAACCAGACUGUACUCUUGAUGAUCUCAUCAUGGCGCACAAAGAAUACCUCAACUCCAUCACACACAAGGGUCUUCUCGGCUCUGCCUCUCCACGCUAUGGUUCUUCUACCUCUACCUCCGCCAAGCAACCCGAAGAAAGCUUUCUCUCCCAGCUCCAUCAUAUACUCAAGAUCAUGCUCUCUUAUAAGGAUGCCGUCGACGGUCUUUACUCUUUCUCUGUCGCAGAAUUCACCCGCCGUCAGGAACUAAACGCUAAAAUCGAAACUCGCACUGCGCAGGGCCGCUGGGGCGUCACAGACCGUGACCUCCUACCCCGUCGUACAAAUAGUCGUGGCGGCACUUCCAUGGCCUCAACACCUAGCCUUCGACCCUCCAGUUCGGGUCUAGACGGAUUCGAGACUCCAUUCUCUCUCUCCGCGCAAGAUUCUACAGCCGAUGACCACAUGCUCGCGUCUCUACGUGUGCGGCUUCGGGAUCUCUCUGCAGAUUUCCGCUCGCGCCUGAACAUCUUGCUCGGUGACCUUGCCUACCAGCCUGAUGUGGAUAUGCGUUUCUUGGGUGUCGUCAUGAACUUCAAUGAUGUGUACGAGCCUAUAAAACGACGACGGGCUACAGGUCCUAGCUCUAAGGAGAAGGAAAGAGAGCGGGAGCGUGCAAAGCGGAAAGCAGCCGCCGCUCAAGCUACGGGCUCGGGUACUGAAGGGAAUAGUAUUCCGCGAGAAAUGCGGAGGGAACGAAAAGAUAUCCCGGAACAAGGUGCUAAUGGGGUCGCAUGA